UUGGCAGGUUUUUUUUCCAACGACAACCAAGAGUCUAGGUAGGAAAAGCGCAGCCCUAAGCGGCGGGUUUUCCUCUUCCUUUAUAAAUCGGCGUCCGAAGGGAAGAACUUGGCGGAGGCGCGCAAUAGUGCGGGACGGCAUGGGACCAGAACCCUGAUCCAAGUACCAAAACCUAAGCGUGAAGAGAAACCCUUACUUGUACUGAGAUGCUUCGUUGUAAGAAAGACUGUUAUUAAAAUACAAGGUUCAUCGUCGGAAAAUGGGACUACCUCAGGGACAAGCCGACGAACAGGACUAUCUGGAUAUCGAGUGUCCCGUGUGCUACGAGCUCUUCACGGGCGCAGAGAGGACUCUCAGCUGCGGGCACGUUUUCUGCCACGACUGCUUGGUGAAGACCCUGGUCAUCGGGAACGGCGGCGGCAGCCAGAUCACUAGACAGAAUAUUAUCUGUCCCGUCUGCAGACACAUGACUUUCGUUGUUAAAGGACAACCGUUUGUGGAGACCGGAAAAACUGUAGACGAUGGACAAACCCUUGAAGUGCCUGUGAUUCAUCCAAGCAGGGCUGCAUCCAAUUAUUUUGGUACUCAGGGUCCCACUGAGUACGGGGCAACGCAUCCCACGCAGUCAACCAUCGGGAUGGCUCUGCAACAAGUGAGAUUUGCUUUAAGCAGUUGUUCCGGGCGGCAAUUAAGCAAUUGUGACUCUCAGAUUUUUAUUAUAAGUAACCAGGGACGACCUAUGAGUGAGCAGGAUACAAUUAGUACGGCUUCGACCAUUGCCAAUGAACAGAAUCAGCUGCAACGCCGUCGCGCGAGGAUCUGCAGCACCCCACGCUGUCUCGUGUUAUUGCUGUCACUCUUCAGUCUCUUGGCGUUGGUUGCCGCCACACUUCCUUGGGUGUUAUUGGGAUAAACAUCAUUUGUGACUUUUACUUUGCGCACUUAAUUAUUUGGACUCCAACGAUGACGCGGUCUAAUAGUAGUAGAAAAUAUGCCAUAACUAUUCUGACAAUGAUGACAAUAGUCUAUAGGUAACUUGGAGUUACAUGCUCAUUAUGUGAAAUGCACUGAUAAUAUCGUGACACUACAAAUAAAGCAUAUUAAAGAUUAGCUCAUUUGAAAAUGUUUGCUCUAUUAUUAACGUUGCAUGUCACUGAAUGCUUGUCUUGUGAUGUGUUCUAUUGUCUGUGUGUGUGCAGCACCGCGGGCUGUUUUGCGUGUAACAUCGUGGCGAUAACGAAACAAUUCAUGAUUAAAUC